AUGGACGAGAAAGUCAGCAGCCUCCUAAAACGCAACGGAAAGCUAGAAAUUGAAGCCGACGUUUUGCGGUCAGAACUUUCCAGCCUGGAGGAGCAAGGCGAGAUGCUCGUCAGCGACAACAAACAUUUUCAACAGCUAGCAGAGAACUUAAAACAGACACGACAUUGCCUCGAGGAGGAGCUGAAGACUCUGUGCAAGCAGCACGUCAAGGCCACCAAGGAGAUGGAGAACGAGCGCAGCACUGCGCUGGACGUAGCGGCCAAGUGUGAGGCAGCACUGUCAGCGCUGAAGACUCCCAGCUGUUGGACAAGUAUACCAACAUUGUAUACAGACGCAGGAACCUGUAGGAAGGGUUUCACGCGGCAGCCCAAGAGAAACAGUUUGGAGGGCAGGUGCGCACAGCUCACAGAAGAGUGGGCAACAGCCAGACGAGCUCUCGCAGUCUUCGAGGAGGAGCAGGGCGCAGUGGGACAAAAGGCCCGGCAGGAGCUGCAAGAGCUGUGGCAAGCAAACCAGCAGUUGCAAGAGCGCUUUCGCUGCCUCAAGGACAAGCAUCUCAAGGCUGAAGAACGAUAUGAGACGCUGGCACAGUCAAGCCUCGCUGUGAAAACAAGAAUAAUGCCCCUGCGUCUGCAGUGCGUAGCCUGUCCAAUUCUGUUGAGUUGCCUUGGUUUCUAUCUGGCCAACGCGGCAGCUGCAGCAAGGGACCAGGAGGAAGGAACUCCGGUAGAUGUAUUAAAGAUGCUCGGUGCGUUGCACGGGAAAAUGUUUGACCAUAAGUACAUGAGCCUUUCUCAAAAUACGGUACCUAUAACAAUAUUUGCUGGUACUCCUGCAACCUGCACAGCAAUCCAGUUAUUAUAUUCUGAAGAAGAAACAAACAGUUUUGGUGAACUCUGGGUAUAUUAUAAAAAACUCGACGGAAAAAGGUACAUUGACACAAUAGGGCUCACGUUUACAGCGGCGUAUGAAAGCGGACUGGGAAACACUUUCCGUUUCAAGUUUUCGGAAUCAAGCCAAAAUGGUCACACCUUUAAAGGAGCUGAAUUUCAAGUUCGCCGCCACAGUUCUUGUUACAGCUUGAAGGCAUCAUUAGGGAAUCAGUGUUUUAUUAUAGCUCUACUCACUAGCAGCGGUGCCUCUACGCCAUACGACUGUGUGCCAAGGGGAAUGCAGACAUGCCAAUAUGAAACCUACAAGCUUUCCGAAUCAGUUCCAUGCCUCGAAUACGAAGAGGUUACUGACGACAAUCCAACGGAAGCUGAAGAACCUAACCCAGAAAGUUCUGAUGAUAAGGUGCCACUUCAUGAAAGACAUCGACUGCUUCAAAAGUAUCAAGAUUUUCCUCAGGGCCUCCUGUACGGCAGUCUUGUACUGGUGUACUCCUCGUUGGAAGAAGACAGUUCUCGACUAUGCAUGAUUACAUACUAUCCGAACAGAGACCCAAAACCUGACGGGCAGCUCAAUAUUCUCAAAACAGGAUCCAAAAAAGCCAUUACUCAAGCGUUCGAACCACGUACUGCCACUGGACACAAUGCUACGUAUAGAGCGGAAGCCAGGAUUUAUCGGAAUGACAAGUUUCAUGGCACAAGGAUGAUCUUCACGGAUCAGAAACGGUGCACUAUACUAAGAACUCCUGGAUAUAGUAACCUGUGCGAAUUAUUCACAGGUGGUCGCUAUAAUAAUGGAGUCGUCAAUAGCUACUGCUUUUUUAUCUACACUGUUUAUUGUAAAACACCAGCAAAGGUUUUUACGAAAUUGAAAGACUGUUGGCCAUAUGCGGGGGAAGUAUAG